CCCCCGAUCACAUGAGGAGGCGCGUCAGUGGCUCGGGAGGAAUCCGGGAUCCACCCGCCGGGGAACGUGAGACUUUGAGCCGGAGCGAAGGCGCUGGGAGAGAGGCAGCACGGCAUCCCUCGGCCCGCCUCCUGCUUCAAUGCGGCUUCCUCCUCCAAGCGGCGCCUCCUUCAAGAACCACCUGAGAUGACAUCCUUCUUGGGUUGCCUCCGUAGCCUUCAUAGGUUUAUUAGUUGUUUUGAUCUCUUCUGGACUGGUGGAUCACAAGUCAGUCGUUUUGAACUACUCUGAGGGCAACCAUGGCAGAGGGAAGGCAAGAAUGGCGGGAAUGGUGCUUCGGAGCAGCCAAGAAGAGGCUGCCGGUGCUCAAAUGGCUUCCUAAGUAUUCCCUGCAGCAUCUGCAGCUGGACUUCCUUGCUGGGCUGACGGUGGGGCUGACGGUAAUACCCCAAGCUCUUGCUUAUGCUGCAGUGGCAGGCCUCCCAGUGCAGUAUGGCCUCUAUUCGUCCUUCAUGGGCUGCUUUGUCUACUGCCUUUUGGGGACCUCGAAAGAUGUAACCCUGGGACCCACAGCUAUCAUGUCCCUUUUGGUCUCAUCCUAUGCAUUCCAUGACCCCACUUAUGCUGUCCUGCUUGCUUUCCUCUCGGGCUGCAUCCAGCUAGCUAUGGGGCUGCUGCAUCUUGGUUUCCUCUUGGACUUUAUCUCUCACCCGGUUAUUAAAGGGUUCACUUCAGCGGCUGCUGUCACUAUUGGCUUUGGCCAGGUCAAGACACUCCUUGGCCUGCAGAACAUCCCCCAAGAGUUUGUCCUGCAAGUAUAUUACACCUUCUGCAGAAUUGGCGAGACUAGGAUUUGGGAUGCCAUGCUUGGAGUCUUCUGCCUGAUAUUCCUUGUGGGACUGCAACAAAUGAAAAAAGGAAUGCCUGUGAUCCACCCAAUGGAAACGUUUCCUAUCAGAAUCAGUCGGUUGAUAGUUUGGAUAGCUGCUACAGCACGAAAUGCUCUUGUAGUCUUGUUUGCUGGCCUUGUGGCUUACUCCUUCCAAGUGACUGGAUCCCAGCCCUUCACUCUCACAGGGAACACACCCCAGGGACUCCCUCCAGCCCAACCACCGCCAUUCUCCAAAGUCACUCCCAAUGGCACCAUUUCCUUUCAAGAGAUGACAAAGGCAAUGGGAGCUGGCCUGGCUGUAGUGCCUCUUAUGGGACUGCUAGAGACUAUGGCCAUUGCCAAAUCAUUCGCCUCUCAACAUAAUUACCAAAUUGACCCUAACCAAGAGCUCUUGGCUAUGGGUUUCACCAAUCUUUUAGGAUCCUUCUUCUCAUCCUAUCCUGUUACAGGGAGCUUUGGACGGACAGCACUGAAUGCACAGACAGGCGUGUGCACCCCUGCAGGAGGAUUAGUCACAGGGGCACUGGUGCUGCUGUCUCUAGCCUACCUUACUUCUCUCUUCUACUACAUUCCCAAGGCAGCACUGGCUGCUGUCAUCAUCUGUGCUGUGGCGCCCAUGUUUGAUGCCAAGAUCUUCCGCACAUUAUGGCAGGUUAAAAGGCUGGAUCUAUUGCCGCUGUGUGUGACGUUCUUGCUGUGCUUCUGGGAAGUGCAGUAUGGCAUUAUAGCAGGAGUGCUGGUCUCUCUCAUUCUCCUGCUCUACCCACUUGCCAGGCCACAGAUAAAGGUCUUAGAGCACGAGGCAUUAUUCAUACAGCCUGCCAGUGGACUGUAUUUCCCAGCAAUUGAGUUUCUUCGGGAUACUGUGCACAAACAGACUCUGUCAGAGCCUCGACUGCGCCGUGUUAUCCUGGACUGCACCCAUGUCAGCAGCAUUGACUACACUGUUGUAUUGGGCCUGUCUGAGCUGCUCCGUGAGUUCCAGCACAGGAGGCUCCCUUUGGCUUUUGUCGGCUUGCAGGCUCAAGUUCUCAAGGUCUUGGUAGCUGCUGAUCUGGAAGGUUUCUAUCAUUUUCCCAGCAUGAAGUUUGCAGAGAAGAGUCUUGAGGAGGAACUGUGCAAUGCCAGUGAAGGCUUCUUUAAUGAUGACAGUGAAAGCAUAUUGCCAACAUCAGGGAUCAUCCAAUGAGGGCGAAAUUUUAAUGUCUAUUUAAUAAGCAUUCCUUGCCCUUGAACUGACACUCCAGGAACUUGAACAACAUAAUGGAUAAUAUAAUAUGACAAGAACUCCAUUAGUUUGAGGUGCCCUGAACUGUUGGUCUGUGAAUUUUAGAGCUUUAUGCAAUGUGUAUACAAAAGUUGCUCAGAAGCUAGAACUGUACAGUAUCAAGAAUGAGAAUUGUUAUAAGUUUAAGGGACAAAAGAGAAGUAACACAAAUAUGCUGUUUGCAGACUGGGAAAACUGAAAGCAAUUGCUAUAGGAUAACAGAAUCUUCCAUUACAAUAUAUCCCUAUUGUUUAUAAUUUAUUUCUUAUGUAUUUUGCAUUCUAAUGAGAUCAUUACAGGAGUACUAAUUUGAAAAGGGAAGGGAGCCAAUAUAAAAUGUUAAAAAUUAAAUGGUGGAAUGAGACAGCA